GAGGAAGAGGCAGGGAGGCGCGGGGGGCGGGGGAGGCUCCGGAGCGGGCGGUGACGGCGGCGGCGCGGAGGAGCCAGCGGCUGGGCCCGGGCCCCGUGCGUCUGUCCGCGCCCCGUGGAUGCGAAUCGGCCGCGGCGGCGGCGGCGGCGGAGGAGGAGUAGGUGGGCCGGCGCCGGUCCGGUGGGAGCGCGGAGGAUGAGGCCGCUGCCGGGCGCUCCCGGCGUGGCGGCGGCCGCCGCGCUGUUGCUGCUGCUGCUGCCCCGGGCCCGGGCGGACGAGCACGAGCACACGUAUCAGGAUAAAGAGGAAGUUGUCUUAUGGAUGAAUACUGUUGGGCCCUACCAUAAUCGCCAAGAGACAUAUAAGUACUUUUCACUUCCAUUCUGUGUGGGGUCAAAAAAAAGUAUUAGUCAUUACCAUGAAACUCUGGGAGAAGCACUUCAAGGAGUUGAAUUGGAAUUUAGUGGUCUGGAUAUUAAAUUCAAAGAUGAUGUGAUGCCAGGCACUUACUGUGAAAUUGACUUAGAUAAAGAAAAGAGAGAUGCGUUUGUGUAUGCUAUCAAAAACCACUACUGGUACCAGAUGUACAUAGACGACUUACCAAUAUGGGGUAUAGUUGGUGAAGCAGAUGAAAAUGGAGAAGAUUAUUAUCUUUGGACCUAUAAAAAACUUGAAAUCGGUUUUAAUGGAAAUCGAAUUGUUGAUGUUAAUCUUACUAGUGAAGGAAAGGUGAAACUGGUUCCCAAUACUAAAAUCCAGAUGUCAUAUUCAGUAAAAUGGAAAAAAUCAGAUGUAAAAUUUGAAGAUCGAUUUGACAAAUAUCUUGAUCCAUCCUUUUUUCAACACAGGAUUCACUGGUUUUCAAUUUUCAACUCCUUCAUGAUGGUUAUCUUCUUGGUGGGCUUAGUUUCAAUGAUUUUAAUGAGAACUUUAAGAAAAGAUUAUGCCCGGUAUAGUAAAGAAGAAGAAAUGGAUGACAUGGAUAGAGACCUUGGAGAUGAAUAUGGAUGGAAGCAGGUACACGGAGAUGUAUUUAGACCAUCAAGUCACCCACUGAUAUUUUCCUCUCUCAUUGGUUCUGGAUGUCAGAUAUUUGCUGUAUCUCUCAUUGUUAUUAUUGUUGCAAUGAUAGAAGAUUUGUAUACAGAGAGGGGGUCGAUGCUUAGUACAGCCAUAUUUGUCUACGCUGCUACAUCUCCAGUGAAUGGUUAUUUUGGAGGAAGUCUGUAUGCUAGACAAGGAGGAAGGAGAUGGAUAAAGCAGAUGUUCAUUGGUGCAUUCCUUAUCCCCGCUAUGGUGUGUGGCACUGCCUUCUUCAUCAACUUUAUAGCCAUUUAUUACCAUGCUUCAAGAGCCAUUCCUUUUGGAACAAUGGUGGCUGUUUGUUGCAUCUGUUUUUUUGUUAUCCUUCCUCUAAAUCUUGUUGGUACAAUACUUGGCCGAAAUCUGUCAGGUCAACCCAACUUUCCUUGUCGCGUCAAUGCUGUGCCUCGUCCCAUACCGGAGAAAAAAUGGUUCAUGGAGCCUGCAGUUAUUGUUUGCCUAGGAGGAAUUUUACCUUUUGGCUCAAUCUUUAUUGAAAUGUAUUUCAUCUUCACCUCCUUCUGGGCGUAUAAGAUCUAUUAUGUCUACGGCUUCAUGAUGCUGGUGCUGGUCAUCCUGUGCAUUGUGACUGUCUGUGUGACCAUCGUGUGCACAUACUUUCUACUAAAUGCAGAGGAUUACAGGUGGCAAUGGACAAGUUUUCUCUCUGCUGCGUCCACUGCAAUUUAUGUUUACAUGUAUUCCUUUUACUACUAUUUUUUCAAAACAAAGAUGUAUGGCUUAUUUCAAACAUCAUUUUACUUUGGAUAUAUGGCGGUAUUUAGCACAGCCUUGGGGAUAAUGUGUGGAGCAAUUGGUUACAUGGGAACAAGUGCCUUUGUCCGAAAAAUCUAUACUAAUGUGAAAAUUGACUAAAGACCCAAGAAAGCCUGGAACUUCGGAUCAAUUUCUCUUUCACAGGGGUGGAACUUGGACAGCAAAAAAAAAAAAAGCGCAAGAAGAUUUGGGCUUUAACACUGGGUACUUUGUGGGUCUCUUUCGUGGAUGGCUUAAAGUAACAUCUAUUUCCAUUGAUCCUAGGUUUUUACUGACUGCUUUCUCCAACUGUUCACAGCAAAUGCUUGGAUUUUAUGCAGUAGGCAUUACUACAGUACAUGGCUAAACUUCCCAAAAACUAGCUCAUUAAAGAUGAAAUAGACCAGCUCUCUUCAGUGAAGAGGACAAAUAGUUUAUUUAAAGCAUUUGUUCCAAUAAAAUAAAUAGAGGGAAACCUGGAUGCUAAAAUUACAUGAAUAGAAAUCUUCCUGGCACUAGUGUUUCUACAAUACUGAAAAAUGAUGUUCCAGAAAGAUCACUUUUUUCUCUUAUUUUUACUGCCAUCAUCAACCUAUUGUGGGACAUUUUUAUAUAUUGAACCUGGGUUCUUUUUUGACCUGCUUUCCACACCGCCCCCCCCCCCCCCAAUUCAACUGCAUCCUUUUUUUUUUUAAGAGAAAAUUUAAAAAUAUUAAAUCCUGCAUGUAAUAUAUCUGCUGUCAUCUUAGUUGGACCAAUUUCCCAUUUAUUUAUCUUAAAACUAUCCAGUUACAUCUUAAUUCCAUCCAAAGAAGAUACAGUUUGAAGAUAGAGGUGUACUCUCUACGAUGCAAUUUACUGUACAGUUAGAAAGCAAAUUGUUAAAUGGAGAAGAUAUUUGUUUUUAUUAAACAUUUUGAGAUUUAGAUAAACUACAUUUUAAUUGAAUGUCUAAAGUGAUUAUCUGCCCCCUCCCCCCAAGUUAGUCUUACAUCUUUUUUGGGUUUGAAUGAAGGUUUUACAUAAGAAAUUAUUAAAAACAAGGGGGGGGUGGGUAUUAAAUGUAUAUAACAUUAAAUAAUGUAAUGUAGGUGUAGAUUCCCAAAUGCAUUUGGAUGUACAGAUUGACUACGGAGUACUUUUUUCUGAUGAUGAUUGAUGUAGAAAUGUGUGAAUUUGGGUGGCUUUUUACAUCUUGCCUACCACUGCAUGAAACAUUGGGGUUUCUUCAAAAUGUGUGUGUCAUACUUCUUUUGGGAGGGGGGAUUAUUUUCUUUUGUUUUUCUUCUGAGACUCCCAAAAGGAGCCAAAUUUGUAAUUUAGAAACAUUUAAUUUUGUUAAUCCUGUCUGGGGCACUUAAGUAACAUCUAAAGCAUUACUGCUUUAGAAUGUUAAAAUAAAAUUUCCUGACCAAAUGGUUUUGUGAAAAUACAUGUGUUUGCAAUUUGAA